AUGGGCAAGUGGAAGGAGGCGGUGACCACCCAGCUCAACGACGCGGCCCGCAAGAAUAAAAAGCUCCGCGAAGAGCUGCGCCUUCUUCGAGAGGAGAAGACGAACGCGCUGAGCGAGCUGCGGGUCCAGCUGGCAGAGGAAUUCCAGGAGCGCACUGCGAUGCAGCGGGACGAACUGGAGGCCCUGAAGGGGCAGACCGCCGCGUUGCGGGAGGAGAAGAAAAUAAUGGCCACCACGCACGAAGCGGAGCUGCAGGCGACACGCAUGAAGCUGCGCGAGGUGAUUCAACUGGAGCUGGAGGCGGAGUACAAGCGCAGAGAGGCGGACUGGGACAAGGAGAAGACGCAGCUGCAGCUCCUCACGGCAGCGAAGGAAACAGAGCGGGCGCAGGCGGAGCACGAGUGUGGUGUGCUGCAACUGCGGCUGAGCAGACUCGGCACCCAGUAUGAUGACCUCGCAACGCUGCUUCAGCCAGAGGGUGGCGUCACGGCGGAGACGCGCCUGCUUCCAGCACGCGACCACGCAGCCGACGGAGCGAGGCCCGAAGGCGCGUCACCUACUGCGGCUGGCGCCUCCGGAAUCGGCUCAGCCGCCUUCAACGCCCAUGCCAGCAACGCUGAGCGGCAGAGGAUGGCCAUGGCGGCGGCACACGCUAGGCAAAUCGAGAGCAUUAAGGCCGAUCUCCAAAGCAAGGAGCAGCACACGCAGUUCCUGCUGGACCGCGCCAAGCAGGAGCACGAGGCGGAGAAGACGCAACUGCUGCGUGAGCUGCACCUGCGGGAGGAGGAGCUCAAGGUAGUGCACACACUGCUGAAGCAGGUGCAGGUGGAGAACAGUCGGUACAUGGAGCGUGUCUCGCACGCUCAGACAGAGCGGCAGGCGCUGGAGCAGCGAUAUGCAGCGAAGGUGUCCGCCCUCAGUCAGGAACUAGCGGAGCGCAUUCACGCCACGGAUGAGGCGCAACUGGCCAACAAGCGCCUGCAAGAGCAACUUCGCACCUCCCAACAGCAAGUCGCGACGUUGGAGGAGGAGUCCACGAUGCGCGAGGAGGCUUUCCAUUCGCUCAUGUUCUCGGAGGACAGCAAGCGAAUCACGAUGGACUUGCAGCGGGCCGUGCAGGCUGCGCGGGACGAGGCGGAGGAGUGGAAGAUGCAGUACUACGCCAGUGUCACCGCUUCACAACCCCCCUCAGCGACAGCAGCAGCAACGUCGCAAGGGGGUCCCUCCCCGCAGAAAUCAACCGAGGCUGAUGGCAAGCACGAAUGCGCCACUGCCCCUGCCUCAGCAGCAGCGGCUCGCACCCCUGAGGCGUGGCGUGACGAACUCGCCGCCAGGGAAGCGAAUCUCGACUUGCAGGCGGCGCAGCUGGCCCGCAAGGCUGCCCUUCUGGCGGCUGCAGAGGCGAAACUGAACAAGAUGCGUAGCUCCAUGGCAAGUCAGGCCACCCUGCUCCUACAACAGAGUAGGAUUGGUGGUCGUGCUGGUGGUAGCAGUGGCGUCGGGGGUCCUCACGGUCGUCGCGAAAAUGGUGACAGCGGCGUAUUCACCGGAGGCGCUGACAGGGGCAACCCGGAGGACGAGGAUAGCGACCGCGGCCUCGCCGACACGUCGCCCCUCAUCUCCACAGCGGCAUCAUUGCUUCCCUCUAGCCUGCAUGGCCCGCUUCGCCUGCUAGAGGCGCAGCGGCGGCGUCUACACCUCCCAGGCACGUGCGGUCUGUGCGCCUGCUGCUUCUCGGGCGACGGCACCACCGGUGUUCCUCGGCGUCUCCGUCGCAAUGCGCUUCUGACCAUAGUGGCAGCACUCAUGUUGCUUUUCAUGCUGGCCAGCUUCAAGGUCGUGACGUAG